AUGAAAAUCGCUACUAAUCGAAAAUGUGGCUUGCGCAAUGUUAACGGUGUUGGGUUCCGCAUCACGGGCGACAACGAUGGUGAAUCGGAGUAUGAUGAGUUCCCGUGGAUGGUGGCCAUAAUUAAGGAGGAGAAGGCUAUUGAUCAGGCGAUCAACUUGUACCAGAACGGAGGAUCACUCAUCCACCCAUCGGUCGUUUUGACCGCUGCUCACUGCGUCCAGAACAAGAAACCAUCGGAGAUCAAAGUACGCCUCGGCGAGUGGGACACGCAGACUAAGAACGAGAUGUUCGACCAUCAGGAUCGCAACGUUGUGGAGAUCGUUUCGCAUGCCGAAUUCUACAAGGGUGGUCUCUUCAACGACGUAGCUCUACUUUUCCUGGAGAAACCGGCCACCAUCAUGGAGACGGUGAACACGAUCUGCUUGCCACCGGCCGACUUCAACUUUGAUAUGUCUCGGUGCUUCGCCAGCGGAUGGGGCAAGGAUGUGUUUGGCAAGCAGGGUACCUACCAGGUAAUCUUGAAGAAGAUCGAGCUUCCGAUCAUGCCUCGUGCAGACUGUCAGAAAGCCCUCCGGACCACGCGACUCGGCCAUCGGUUCAAGCUUCAAAAGGGACGCGAUACAUGCAAGGGUGAUGGCGGAUCGCCACUUAUUUGUCCCAUUCCGGGAUCAGUCAACCAUUACUAUCAGGCGGGUAUGGUUGCGUGGGGUAUCGGAUGCGGCGAAGACGGUAUUCCGGGAGUGUACGUUAACGUCCCGAUGUUCCGCAGCUGGAUUGACGACCAUCUGACAUAG